GCACAGGGAUAGUCGCUCGCCACCAACUGUUUCCAUCUCUGACACACACAAGCUUUCCCAUGGCCAUGGCAGACAGUCGCCCGAUACCCUCCAACGGCUUGGCCAUCCGCAAGAUCGCCACAUUCCAGCAGUUCGCCGCCCCGCUAGUUGUCCUGUCCGAGACGGCGCAGCAGACAUCGCUGGCUCUGCUCGAGUGCCUGGUGCGCGAGGGCCUGGACCGUGGGCUAGGCGUAGCCGCGCUCUGCCUCGAAUCCUCGCUGAGCGACGAUAUCGUGCACUCGCCGCACACUGCCAUCAUCGACAACCGGCCGUCACUCGAGCAGUUCCUCGCCGGACAGGAGAGCCCGGGCCAGAUCGACUUUGCUGCAAUCGAGCAGCGCAUCCGAGCAUCAGUCGAGCAAGUCGGCCGAAGCUGCAGCGGCUGUCUUUUGGUUAUUGACAGCCUCGAGCAGCUCCUGUGGGCGUCGACAUCAACGACCUUUGUGAUGCUGCGCAGCUUGCGCAAACACAUGGCCAAGACAUUUGGUAGCGACACGAACCACCGCAUCCUGGCACGCUACCCGCGCGACACCUUCGCCGGCCACGUCGAGGACGGCAGGGAGCAGAGCGGCUCGCCGAUCCUGGCCAAUUCCCUGGGCUAUAUCGCCGAUGCCAUCAUCGACGUGUAUCCGACUGAUGUGCUGCCGUCCUGGUGCCCCGGGUGGUUCUCUGACGGAAAGCCGAAGCCAUUCCUCGCCCUCACGCACAACGACCCGCACCGCUGCCUGCUGAGGUUCGAGCAGCGGAGACAGUCGGGCAAGGUAGGCGUCGAGGUGGUCUCGUUCGAAGCUGUAAAGGGAAGGCCGGUGUUUGCCAAUGUGGAUGUGUCGGAAAUUGUCAACCCCGCGCUGCCUGAGCCUAUCGCAGCGCCACUUCCGACAAAGACACAGACUACCACGUCAUCGACAAAGACGGCGCCUGCAAAGGAGAAGCAGAACCACCACCAGCAGCAGCAGCAGCAGCAGCAGCAGACGGAUCCGACUGCGAACCUGUCGUUCAACCUGACACUGACAGACAAGCAGAAGGAAGACAAGGCCAGCGUCGUGCUGCCGUACACUGACGCCCAGAUGGACGAGGGCAGCUCGGGCGGCGAGAUCCACUACCAGCUCGACGACGAGGACGACUGGGACUCGGACGAUCCUGACGACGACCUGGAGAUAUGAGUGAGCACGGUGGAUAUGUUUAUUUCUGUUGCUGCUGUAGAAAGAGAGAACAAAGAAGAAUAAAAGCUUCGGGCACCCGGAACGGCCAUGCUCGCCAGCAUUACCCAGCACGCGAGCACGCUUCCAGGGUGGUACAUAGGGAUGAUAACGUAUACAUACACAACAGCCUGCACUUAGUCCUGGAACUUCCACCUGUUCUCCUGCAGGCCCUGGGCGGUGUCGCGCAGCAGCGUCUCCCACCGGGUCUUGACGUACUGGGUCUUGUCAAUGAUCAGACGCUUGGCCUCCUCAAUAGUGCGCUCGUGCACGGGGUUCUCGACCAGCUCGUUGAGCGUCUCGGUGGCCAUCUCGAGGUCAGACUGGUUGUUCUCAAAGAUCAGCUUCUGGUUGUCGGACUC